AUGUUUAAUACAGAACACGUAGGACGUGUUCGCGUUCUUUAUAAAUUAAUAUUACGCGUUCAUCGUGCUUUGCCAGCGGAGCUAAGAGUUAUUGGAGACAAUUACGCAAGAGACGAAUUCAAAAGGCACAAAAAUUGCAAUCCUCAAGAAGCCGCGAUAUUUCUCAACGAAUGGACGGAUUAUGCAAUCAACUUAGCGAAACAGACGAAACCCUUAAACCAAGCAAAACAGAAGGUUGUGGGAAAUUAUUUAAAUCCGCAAAUGUUGGAUCAUAUGACUGAGGACCAACUUGUUCAACUCUAUGAGUUGCAUAAAGCGGCAUCACAAGAAAGUGAUGAAGAUUCAAAACAACUCCCAAUCGAUACACAAAAUCAAAAGUGA